GAACGUCAAAACUUUUUAGCCGCACCACAGUUUGUCGAAUCACGCAGCGAGUCGGCCGGCCGCGUUUUACUUAUUGCAUUUUGGUUGUUCAUGUUCGGAAAACAUGGCAAAUAUUGCACAAAUUGCCAUUCGUUUCAAAGGAUUACAAAUCCAAAACCGAUUAUCUACGGCAAUUAAAACAUGUAAACCCGCUUUGUAUUCCACGAGCGUUGGUGCCCCAAGUUCAGCGGAGUCGAUUGCGACGGUGUCCAAGAAGGGCAAGGUUAGCAAAGCCAUGAAGGCAUACCUGGAACGUGCCAAGGCUCACGAUGAAUUCAUGAAGAUUCAAAACCUUGAAUUCAAGCUAGGCAAACGACACCUUGCGAAUAUGAUGGGAGAAGAUCCGGAAACUUUCACCCAAGCAGAUAUCGAUAGAGCAAUUCAAUAUCUGUUUCCGUCCGGCUUGUACGACAAGAAAGCAAGGCCAUUGAUGAAGCCUCCAGAGGAGGUUAUUCCGCAACGCAAGGCUGCCGAGUUCGACGAGACCGGGAGACCUUUCCACAGUAUGUUCUACACUGGAAGGCCAAACUAUUAUAAGCUGCUUUUUGAUAUUGUCGGCUAUCUCAACAAUCUGAAUGCUUUUGAGGACCGCAUGAUUAGGAAGCAAUUAACACCGGACCCUACACAGCAAAUUGAUACUUCCGGUUCGGAGUGGUUGUCAAAAGACGUCCUCGAAAAAAUGCUGCUCGAGGAUAUUUCCGAAAUUGAAUAUGAGAACUUUGUCAAUGUUAUGACACGCCUGAUCCAGCAUCCAUAUUCCUACAGAGAGAAAGCAUUUAUUGACCAGUAUCGUAAGCCAUUGUUGGCAAAAACGGAUGCGGAUCAGAUACCGACACCACAGCUGGAUGAGAACGGAAACAGUUUCAUUACGGUUUAUGAAUGUCUUCGAAAAUCAGCUCGAGCUGAUGUAACAAUCAUCGCACCGGGAACGGGUAAAAUAACGAUCAACGGUCAAGACAUCACGUAUUUUGAAAGUGUGCAGCCCAGAGAGCAGGUUAGUCCUUUUUGAACGCUCAUAUGACAAUUGCAUUGCAUUAAAUUGAAUUUCAAGCAUUCGAAUGAUGAAGUUGCUGGAGAUUCUCAUAGGUCCGUACAGAACUUGAUUCCAGAGUAUCUAGAGAAGUUUAGAUCAAUUUGUUGAACAUCGAUACAGUUUAGUUUCUUGGUCAAGAAUGGUACAUCCGAUUCUUUGCGCGGUCGAUUUUUGACCCUAACUCCGUCAAUUUUGAACCGAUUCACAUAAUAAAUUAUACACAGGGGAGACACCGUCAGAACUAUCAGUGUAUGAAAAAUCAAGUCAAUAGUUAAACCUAUUGACUUGAUUUUUCAUACACUGACCAUUGACUGUUGGCAGAAAAACGACCCAUGCAAAAAAGGAAUCGUUUGUAAAUUGAAGAUAACUGCGAGAGCCUUUCAAAACUGACUUUAAGUUCAAUCGUUCUUGUUGUAUUUAUGAUUGUAUGCACUGAAUCCCAAGUAUCCUGAAGAUGUUUUUAUUUUAAAUUACAUAUUGAUUACAUGCUUAUGAUAAGACCAACUAGAAUAUGGGUAACUCUCGCUGGGACCGGCUCACUAUUUACACCUUGUUUUCAAAAAUGUUUAAGGUGGUGAUUUUCUGAAAGUCCUCGCUUAAAAAGUAAGGAAAAUGCAUUUGGUUACUCAAAUUGAUGGACCCCCCGAUAGUUAGAGCCACAAAAUUUUUGCAGACCCCUCGAUUUUGGUCAAAUGGUGACUCAUUUGAUCCGUUAUACCGUAAAACGGGGUGAAUAGAAACAAAUAACUUAUUGUAAAAAAUAUGGCAAUUAUGUUUCAAAAUUCAUCAAAACUUAAUUUCAUUACCUAGUUGGAUGCUACCAGUGUUUCAAUAAACCUUUUUUGGAAUGAUAAUUCCGUUAUUUUUUUCCCCCUGGUCAAGUUCGCAAGGGUUGACGGUAUUAAAGUGAAGGAGUUUCAUUUUGAUUAUUGUAAUGUAGUGUUCUUUAGUGAAACAUAUCACCUUUUUAACACUUUAAUGCGCCUCCAACGGUUCAUCACGAACCGGCUGCUGCAGAUGGAGUAUGGCUGAUCAUAUGCAUCAGACAUGCUCGGCCCAUAUAGCCGAGGCGGCAAACGCACGGGUAUUCAGCAUGACCAUGCUGAGGGUGACGGGUUCGAUUCCCGGUCGGUCCAGGAUCUUUUCGUAAAGGAAAUUCCCUUGACUUCCUUGGGCAUAGAGUAUCUUCGUGCCUGCCACACGAUAUACACAUGCAAAAUGGUCAUUGGCAGAGGAAGCUCUCAGUUAAUAACUGUGGAAGUGCUCAUAGAACACUAAGCUGAGAAGCAGGCUUUGUCCCAUUGAGGACGUUACGCCAAGAAGAGAGAGAGAUGCUCGAUAAACACGGAGGAACCGCCGGGGCUCAUUAGAGUCUAUUCCUAAGCAAUAGUUCCAAGUCGAUUGGAUUUGAGAAGGUUUUGAUGAUCGUUACAAAUCCUAAUAAAAGUAUUAUAGGAUUUGUGACAGGUUUUGGAGCCUUUUACAGCCAGCUGACUUCAAAAUGUUGUUUGGGCUCUAUUUCCCACGUUUUUCGGUUGAUUUUGAUUAGUAUAAUUUAUUAAUGUCAUAGUCGCUUUGUCGAAUUUUUACUAUAUUUCUUGGUCAUAUUUUCUUUAAAUAAAGCAAUUAAAAUCAACCGAAGAAUUAAUAAUGGGAAGGAGAUUUGCAGCACUUAAUUGUGCUGAUAGAUUCGAAGCUAACGUGCGAACACUUAAACGCAUUGUUGACGUUAAUGCGUUCGACGUGACAUUUUGGACAAAAAAGUGACUACCCUUUAUUAGCUGAACAACGUUACUUGUGUAUGACUAGGUUGACAUUUCUAGGCCACGCUUGAGUAAAUGACAAGGUUUAUCGUGGUAGGACCGAUAGGACAGUUGAACGAAUUUGAAUAUUUUUCAUAGGUUUUGUUGGGGGAUGAAUACAUAAUAGUUGACAUUAGUCUUCAUUAUUUUCAAAUUUUAUUGCAAUCAAUUGACCAACUUGACGAAUUUUUGUUUAUCUCUUAGAUGGUAUUAUGACACCAACAAAAAAAUAUCAGAAGUUCAGUUACAUGUUUCUGUGGGUUUUGAACCGACGACAAUUUAAGGACACAAGAGAUGACCACAGAGAAGUAGAAAACGAUAAGCAAAAUCAAGAAAACAAUUUGGCACAGGAUCGACUAUAUUUUAACACACGGGGUUCGACUUAUUCGAUGAAAAAAAAAACAAACAUACGACAACUGACUUAACGAGGAAAAAACAUACUAAACCAUACCACAAAAUCAAACAAGAAGACAAAUACAAACCGUGUGACCAUAACACUACAUAGGCAAAUCCUGACUGAUUGACCAAUUGAAAACUUUCCAAUCUUCUACCGUAACUUUCUGAGUCAGUUGCACACUGUUGCAUCUUAAUGGAUAUCAUUUUCUGCUUCUGAAACAUUACGUACUCUUUCCUAUCUUCAGGUCUAGUGUAGAGGUUUCAACUCUAUUCAGAGUGCAGCUAGAAACCUAGCAAAAAAAAAGAUAAUUCCGUUAUUUUUUUUUUUGUGAAAAGUUUUAAAAGCAAAGUAUCGUUUUAUAAGCAAAAAAAACUACCGCCAAUGAAAUUGCGUUUUAUCGAUUUUGGUAUGUAUUCACAGACUAAAGUAUUUUUCGACAUUCGACAAUUUUUUCUUCACCAGGUGAAUUACUAUAAUCUAGUCUUAGAAUUUCAUUUGAACUUUGCACUGUUCAUACAAAUACAGGAUAAGUUAGAUCAUCUCCAUUUUUUCAUCAGAUGUUUGUAUAUGUUUAAUGAACUUCUAUGCCAAGGUUGGUCAAAAUUUCUCGGCUCGUUUUUGUUCUAGAGCUCAAUGAUUUAGCGAAAGUUGGUAUUUUGUCUAUUUUAAUUCAAAUAACAUUUGAAUAUUCAAUAUUCCUAAACCUGAACAUUAUUUUCAACGGAAAAAAAUACUAGCAUGACCUAAAGUAUGUAUAUUAGCACAAUAAAAUACCGUUUCACAAACAAGUUGACGAUGAAACACUAAUUUAAUGAUCAAACAUGUGGAUCAUCAGUGUUCCAUUGGGAACAUAAUGACAUUUUUAUCCUUCCUGAUCUAACCUGUUCCUUGUUAGCGUGUUUGUUUACAUCCAAAAAAAUUGCCAUUGUUAAUAGUGUUUCAACUAAAAAUAUCACUAUUUCAUAUAAUGAUAUCUAUUUAUCGCCGGCAAUAAGUCGCCGAUGAAUUUAGGAUGGUAUAUAUGGUACAAGAAGAGAAUCCAUAGAUUCGAAGCGAACCAUGUCCGAAUCAAUGUUCCUUUUCAAUGUGUUCAUUGCAAGCACACUUUUCACAAGCACGGAAAAAUCUAUUAUCUGUUCUGGUGGAAAUAUCACAAAGUAUUUUUUGUAUUAUUUCAUCUUGUGACACAAUUCGUAUACUGUUGAACAUUAAAUUUACAUUUUCUUGAGUAGUACAUAUGCAUACAUUAUAUAUACCAGUAGAAUCAAGUAAAAUACAAUGCUUUGGUCGCAACUGUGUAAAUACUGUGAAACCAAUAUUCACAGUUUUGUACAUAUCUACAAAAAUCAUAUAAGCCUCUUUGAGCGACAUCAUAAAAAGUUGUUUUUGAACUUGUUGUUUUUUUUCAUUUCGAACCUCAGAAACAAAAUCAUUUGUUCCUGGCAUUGGUCUGCUGAUAUCAUUAUCAUCAAAAAAUUCUCUUACAAUUUGUUUUGAAUCGUCAUCAAUACCUUUGUUUUCGGUGGUACAAAGAAUACCCUGUUCAUCAACAAGAUCCUUUACAUAACACUUAUAGUUCUUACUAUCGUCAAGAUAUUAAAAUUUACCUUUCGUCGACCGGUUUCGGGCUCGAUGUCGCCCACCAACAGGACAAUGUCUGACUGAUUGCGUUCAGUUUUCGUACGACCUUCGUACACGUCCGAAGAGAAGACAUGCUACUGAGAUUCCGUGUCUACCAUAUUGAAAAGACACGACACGAUGGGAUGGUUGUCUUCAUUCAUCAACGAUCUUCGCGUGUUGCUGAUAAACAUUGACUCCCAAGUAUUUAAGUGCAAUAUUUUCCUCACGUCUGACGAGUUUUGCGUUUCCCCAGUCGAUUUCGUGUUGGGAGUCUGCUGCGUGCGCUACCACGCUGGAUUCGGUUGAUUUGUUAGAUUGGAUAGCAUUUCUGUGUUCUUUUAAGCGAACCUUCAUUUUCCGGCGAGUUUGACCAAUGUAAACUGCCGGACAGUCUUAACAUGGUAUCUCGUAUAUUCCGGAUUGUUCAUCCGGUGGUACCUUGUCCUUAAGGUUGCAUAAAAGAUCUCGUAGGGUCUUGUCGCUGUUGUGCACAACGUGAAGAUCUUGUCGACCAAGUGCUGUUUUUAUUUGGUUUGUUAUCCUGGGGUAAAAUGGCAAGCUGAUCCUUCUGACAGCUUCUGGAUUCUGUUGGAGUGUAGUUAUGUUCCUGCGAUAUUUUUUUCCGUUUGUGCUUCCUCAAAAUUUUGUUUACAAACAAUCUGUCAUAUCCAUUCACCUCGGCUGCAGUGUAAACGCGACUUUUUACUUCGUCAAACUCGUCGCGCUCCAUCGGUAGCUGUAGCCGGAAAAAAACUUUCGUUUGGGUUGAAUUUACCUACUCGUGGGUUAAUUUUUUUGCUGGAGUUAAAGGCAAACUACCUAGUGUGAAUUUAAUCUAUUUAUUCAAAUUUGAGUUAUUGGGCCAAACUAUGGAGUUGCGUCAAAAGAACUCAAAUUUGGGUAGUUUGGCGGCUCCGUGUGUAAGAUCACGCCCAAUUACUGCAGUCCUUGUCUACACAUGUCCUUGUCAAUAUUGAUGAUUGCAGUCCUUGUCAAUAUUGAUGAUUGCAGCGUAUCAGAGAUAUGACACAUGUAUCAAGGCGACCAGUUCAUAUCCACUAUUCAGUAUAAGUUCUUCAAAUAUAAGUUUGAAAACGAUUGGCCGAUUAAAAAAAUGAAGGUGCAAUUUUGAAUAAUCGUAACUACUUUUAAGAGAAAAUAAAUACAUUUUCGAUGCGUAUGAUCGGCGAAGAAAGCAAAAUUUUAUUCAAAACAUACUUAAUCAAAACUUGUCUGUUUCAAUCUAUCAUUUUUCUGCGUUUAUAUUGUCACUCUAUCACUAUUGUAUGUCAGAUAAAUUGUUAUGUUUUUUGAUGUAAUGUUCUAUUUGAUACAAACUCAAAUAAAUUACCUAUACAAAACUGGAAAAUCAUUCUCUACAAACUAUAUGAACCGAACAAAAACGAUUGUCAACAAAUCCCAACUCAUAUUCUUUCGUCUCCUCUUUGCGCUACCCAGAGAGUUGAACGCCAGAGAGCGCACGAGCCUACGGAUAGAGACCGUAGUUUGCAUGUCUCUAAAUUCUAAGCCCCGUUACGAACCGUACGUAAACUUUUCGCUUU